AUGGAAGAUUGGCUGCCGGUUCCUCCAUCUGUGGAAUAUCUGAACCGGGCAUCUGAACGUAUUGGCGUCAGCUGCUCCUGGAUGCAGAUUUCGGCCGCACAGCUUGCCCCAGAACAUGUAGAGCAGUAUCCCAUUCUUCUGUUUUUCUAUCCUAUUAGACCGACAAGUAACAUCUACAACGGAGACGCCACCUUUCCUGAACUCAUAACCAACAUUCAGCCGGUGCACCCAUAUACGCACGUUCCCUUUGGGCUUCUUACGGCCUUGUGCAAUUAUUUACCCGUGGCUUCAAUGCUACAAAGAUUGAUUUCCGAGCUGUCCCCUUAUCCUCCACCACACAGGGGUCUUUAUCUGACACGGAACUACCAUCUUAGGGACCUGCAUAAUAAAAUUGUGCGGUCCCUUGGACAUGAUCCGGACGACUUGUUCUUGAAAUGUCACUACAGCCUGUUCAUUCUACCCCACGGCACGACCCGGCCAAUCGAGCUUUGUAGCUACAAGGUUUCUCCUUCACAAGACACAUCCACGAAUGAGCUCCUUGCUAGGCUCUACGAACAGGACAUACCGUUCAAGAUAUUCACACCCAGAAUUGAAUAA